GUGACGUGAGGGCGAGCACCGGCUCUUUGUGUGGCCGCCUGACGGGGAGCAGACGGCGGCUUUCGGGGGUGUUUGGAGCGGGGUUUAGCUCGCUGGCUAGCCCGCUAGCUUCGUCGUCGGCUACUUGGGAGGGAUGCUGCCGCCGCUAAAGAGGAGGGGAGGGCGAGUCGAGGCCUGGGCUCGGCUCCGUGAUGGACGACGCCACCUCGGCUGAGUCACCAUCACAGUGUCUGAACACCGCCGGAGGAGGAGAGGAGGACACUGUCACAGGAGAGGAGGACACUGUCACAGAGGAGGAGAGGAGGACACUGUCACAGAGGAGGACAGGAGGACACUGUCGGAGAGGAAGACACUGUCACAGAGAAAGACACUGUCACAGAGGAGGACACUGUAACAGAGGAGGAGGAGAGGAGGACACUGUCACAGGAGAGGAGGACACUGUCACAGGGACGCAGGACACUGUCACAGAGGAGGAGAGGAGGACACUGUCACAGAGGAGGAGAGGAGGACACUGUCACAGAGGAGGACAGGAGGACACUGUCGGAGAGGAAGACACUGUCACAGAGAAAGACACUGUCACAGAGGAGGACACUGUAACAGAGGAGGAGGAGAGGAGGACACUGUCACAGGAGAGGAGGACACUGUCACAGGGACGCAGGACACUGUCACAGAGGAGGAGAGGAGGACACUGUCACAGAGGAGGAGAGGAGGACACUGUCGGAGAGGAAGACACUGUCACAGAGGAGGACACUGUAACAGAGGAGGAGAGGAGGACACUGUCGGAGAGGAAGACACUGUCACAGAGGAGGACACUGUAA